CAAGAUCUCCAGCUUUCUCUCUACUCUGACCUCCCUGUGGGGUCCCAGGUGCGCCGUGUAACUUCCAGGUCCUAACCCUCAGCAUGAAGACCCUCCUGCUGCUGGCAGUGAUCAUGGCCAUCGGCCUGCUGCAGGUCCAUGGAGGUUUGGCAGAUUUCUGGAAAAUGGUUAAGUUCACGACAGGAAAGGAACCUGUGAUCAGUUAUGGCUUCUACGGUUGCCACUGUGGUGCGGGUCACAGAGGAGCCCCCAAGGAUGCGACAGAUUGGUGCUGCAGGGCACAUGACUGUUGCUAUGAAAACCUACGGAAACGUGGAUGCCGCACGAGCUUCCAGAGCUACAACUUUAUUUUCCAACGGGACCAAAUCGUUUGUGGCGAUCAGGACUACUGUAAGCGUCGGCUGUGUCAAUGUGAUAAAAGAGCUGCCGAUUGUUUAGAUAGAAACCUGAAGACCUACAAUAAAAAUCUCCAAUACUACAACAACCUUCUGUGCUUUGGGAGUACCCCCAAGUGCUGAAAAGCCUUCAUCCUGGAAGCCCUGCCAACCAAUGCCGAGUUUCCUUCUCUAGCACCCCACUUCCUACCCUAGCCACGUUCACCAGCAAA